CUGGAAUUUACAGUUGGAGAAUGACUACACAAAAUCCUGAAAAGCAAACUACCACCACGAAACACUCGACGCGGGCGCUUUAUUUGAGGCAAGGCUUCCGCGUACGUCUACCAGGCUGAAGCGAGCCGACGCGUGUAGGAUGAUUCAGCCUCAGCCAAGCGCCGCGGUCCAACCCAGCGCGUCUGCUUCCAUCUAGCGGCCGCUGACGGACGCGGGCGGCAUCGAGAAGGCGGAGGCGACGACAACAUGCCAUUCCAUCGCACCUGACGAGCCCGCAUCCCGGCGGUGCCGUGUCCGCGCGACAGCCCCGACGCACAAAGGAGACGCGCUGCGUUGCGCUCGCUCGCCCGCCCGCCGCGCCGCCGCACGGACGGAACGUGGGACGAGGUGGCGGCCGCGGGGACCAGCGCCGCUCGCGCCGAUAGCAACAGCUCGGCGUGUCCGUGAGCGCACCGAGGUGGUCUGGGGAUCAGUGGCUGGUGACUGGGGCUUUCUUAUACUACGGACAAUCACCUGCAUCUGCAGAUCAGAGCGCUCCGCCAUGCCCGGUGGCCACAGGAGGCAGCCCAGCAUUGAGCUGCUAGAAAUCAUAGGAGUGAUAAAGGAGAAUGGCAACGAACAGACGUCACUUCCUCCCGUGCAUACUCCACUGUCAUACGACUACGUGCUUGUCGCCAAAACACGAGAUAACCCGGAGCGAGAGGUUCUGAAGAAGCAGGUUGAAUACAUAGAAGAACUAAAAAAAAAGAACAUCAGAGUUACAAAAAUCAUUGAUGACGACCUGGUCUUUUACGGGAUCCAAGCGCCUAAAGAAAUCUUUGAGAAGUACAGGUAUCUGCUCAAAGUGUCUGACGCCUGCAACUGGAGUUCAGAUCAGAACAUCGUGCCCCUCAGCACCAGGAUAAGGAUCGUCCACUUCAUCUUGAAUCACACCCAUAUACACUCAGGAGAGAGUCUGCGUGAGUUGAUGAAGGCCAGGGUUUUUGAGGCCAGAUUCUGCCUACAUGAGAAAAAGAAGCAGAGAGAACUGACGGAGAGCUGGGCACGGUGGACAGCCUGUCUCCAAGGGCAACCCAUAACUGCUGUCAGGAACUACUUUGGGGAGAAGGUGGCCCUGUACUACCUGUGGCUGGGCUGGUACACAUUCCUGCUGAUCCCUCCCGCCAUCAUCGGGAUCAUCGUCUUCCUCUAUGGCCUCGCCUUCUUCAACAGCUCCCCCCUCAUAAAGGAGGUCUGCGAAGCGGACACCGUCAUGUGCUCACUCUGCGACCAGUGCCAAACGUGGCAGCUCUCCGACACCUGUGCAUACGCCAAGAUCAGUUUGCUGUUUGACAACUACGGCACAGUGUUCUUCGCAAUGUUCAUGGCCGUGUGGGCAACACUGUUUCUGGAGUUCUGGAAGAGACACCGCGCUUCCUUUGUUUGUGAAUGGAAAGUAUCUGAUUGGUGUGAAGAGGAGGAGGAAUUGAUCUUGGAAAUUGUGAACGACGCACAGUGUCAACCCAAAAAACACAAACACUCCUAUGUGCGGAGCACGUUGGUAUUAGUCUUUGUCACAGCUAUGAUAGUGGUGAUCAUUGGUCUGACGCUUGUCUUGGUGGUGUUCAGGGCGCUCGCAGCAGCGUUCUUCACCAAGACGUCCUGGGAUUUUCUGAUUAAUAAUGCAAAUAUGGUGGCAAUGAUGCUCGGAGCUGUCCUUCAUUACCUCAUUAUCACCAUCAUGACCCGGAUUAACCGGAUGGUAGCCAUGAAACUCUGCGAAAUAGAGGAAACGCGGUCGUUUGCUGCCACGGAGAAAAGUUUCACUGUCAAGAUGUUCACCUUCCAGUUCUUCACUUACUUCUCGUCCCUCUUCUACGUUGCCUUCUUCCUUGGCCGCAUAAAUGGCCAUCCUAGUGGGUAUGUGCGAAUUGCAGGCGAAUGGAGGCUGGAGGAGUGCCACCCCAGUGGAUGUUUAACAGACCUCUUCAUCCAAAUGGCGAUUAUAAUGGUACUGAAGCAAACCAUCAGCAACGUCUUUGAAUUCAGCGGCCCCUGGUUCUCCAGGUGGUUGAAGAGGAGAAGAACCAAGAGGCUGCAGAGGAAAUGUGCCCACUGCUACCUGAAGGAUGACUCAGAGGCCAAGGACGGGGCGGAGCUGUGCGAUAUCUGCAAGCUUCGAGACUGGCUCAGCAACUACCGCCUCAAUGACGUGGACUCCUUCAGCCUGUUCAAUGAGUUCCUGGAGAUGGUGAUCCAGUUCAGCUUCACGACCAUAUUUGUGGCAGCGUUUCCACUUGCUCCUCUGCUAGCGCUCCUUAAUAAUGUUAUAGAGAUACGCUUGGAUGCCAUUAAGAUGGUGACGCUUGAGCGCAGAAUGGUACCCAAGAAAACCAACGACAUUGGAGUGUGGAUUGACGUGUUGGAGGCCAUUGGCGUCUUAGCUGUCAUUGCCAAUGGACUGGUGAUUGGCGUGUCCUCGGACUUCAUCCCUCGCCUGGUGUACCGCUACCGCUACGGCCCGUGUGCCAACGGCACCGUCUCAGAUAUUGACUGCAUGGCUGGUUACAUCAACAACACGCUCUCCAUUGCACGAAUAGAUCCCAAGUUCACAAACGAGUCUAAUGAAGGAAUAAUGAAGACUCCUACUGGCUUGAAUGUCACUUAUUGCAGCUACAGGGACUACAGGAGCAGCGAGGACUACAGUCUCACCCCACAGUUCUGGCUGAUCUUAGCUGUGCGCUUCGCAUUUGUCAUCCUGUUUGAGCAUGUUGUCGUCAUAUUCAAAUUUGUUGCGGCCUGGUUUGUACCGAGCGCUCCGAUGCAGGUCAAGAAUGACAGACUCUUUGAUAAACUUGAAAGAUUAAAAGAGGAACUAAGGUCGUUUGACAUGUGACGGUAUUCGAGUCUGUAGAACAUCAUCUUUGCUGAGAAGAUGAACCUGAUGUUCCUGUGAGCAUUAGGACUAUCACAGUGUUGAAUCAACUUCAAAGCUAUUAAUUAUCCCUGUGAAGAGUUCACAUAGAGGUCUUUCAUGUUUACAGUCGAACGUUAAGUGCUGCUUAUCUGACUUUGCAUCCGUGAUGGACACUGAGAGGUUUGAGGCAGAGCAAGUGUACAGUGACUGACCAUUUUUUUCAUGAGACUGUCCUUAUUUUACUGCACUGACAGCAUGCUGUAGGAUCUCUUUAUUUUUUAGUUGUGUUUUUAAUGAACGGCUUAAGAUUUGCUACUGCAAAUACAGUACCACUUGUGCUACAAUGUUGCCUUAUAUUGUACAAAGCGCUGUGAUGAUUGUUGCAUUUAUUGCAGGUAGACUGUAAAGAUGUCAGGCCUUGGAAUGUUUUGUAUUGUAGUACAGUAUUUUAUACUAAUGAAGAGAAGAAAAAAAAUGUCCUCUACUACCUUCUAAGUAAUUUUUUCUCACAUUAUAAUUAUAAUUCCUAAAUUAUAGAUUUAAGAAAUAUUCAGAGCAAUGUCUUUUAUAUUGUAUUUACAGUAUUUAAGUGUUAGCUACAUUUAUGUCAGUGCUGUUCUGUUGAAGACGUUAAAGCCAUGACCUCA